CUCCACUCCACCCACUCCCAGUGGAAGGAAUAUUGUUCUCGGAGAAAGGAGGGAAGGUUGCGUGAGCUAGCCAUGGCCUUCGCUGACACAACAGCACGGAGGCUCCUGCGCGGCGCAGGCGGCGGUGUGGCCCAGGGAAUCGCCGCCGACGCCGUUGGCAUGAGCUUCGGCCUCGACGGCUUGUGGCAGCUCAUCGUCGGCCUGUUCGCGAGUGUGGCUCACCUGCUCGUCCUGCCAUUCGAGGUGCUCGGGCACUGGCUGCAGGCGGCCAUCGCCGCCGUGGCCCACCUGGUCGCCCAGCCGUUCGAGGCGCUCUGGCACUUGCUGCAGUCCGCCGCCGCCGGCGUGAGCUUCUGCUUCAGCAGCCUCGUUGCCGCGCUCGGGAGCGCAGCCCACGCUCUGGCGGUGCCGUUCGAGGCGCUCUGGCACCUGCUGCAGUCCGCCGCCGCCGGCGUCAGCUUAUUCUUCAGCAACCUCGUCGCUGCGUUCGGUAGCGCAGCCCAUGCUCUGGCAGUGCCGUUCGAAACGCUCUGGCAGUGGCUCCAGGCCGCCCCCGCAAGCAUCAGUUUCGCCUUCCACGGCCUGGGACGAGUCAUCCACGGCUGCUUCGCCAACCUCGUCGCCGCGGUCUGGAGCGCGGCCCACGCUCUGGUGGAGCCGUUUGAAGCGCUCUGGCAGUGGCUCCAGGCCGCGGCCGCCGGUGUCAGUUCCGGCUUCGACGGCUUCUGGGAGCACAUGCAGGGCAUCUUCACCGGCCUCCCCGCCGCGCUCGCCAGCGCUGCCCACAGCCUCGUCCUCCCAUUAGAGUCUUUCUGGCGGUGGGUGCAGAACGCCGUCGGCGGCAUGGGCCUCGAUCUGGCCGGCUUCUGGCCGCUCGUCCAGCGCUUCGUCGACACGGCCGCGAGCAAGGCCCACGAGCUCGUCCCGGCCUUGGAGGCGUUCUGGCGGUGGCUCAAGGACGCUGCCGUCGUCGCGCUCCCUUACGUGGUGGCCAUCGCCGCGGUCGUUUGCGUCGCGGCGCUGGUCUGGUACUGCUAUCAGGUCGUCGCGGCCCUGGUCUGUCACUGCUGGCAGUUCCUGUGCACCGCCGCCGUGCAGGUCGCGCCGGCGCUCGGCCUGGUCCUCUGCUUCUUCCGGGACUGCUUGAUUGGCGUCGCCACGUGGGUCGUGCUGUCCUGCACCAGGGUUACCAUGGUCGGCCCGGGCGCCGCCGGCGCGCUGAUAUCACGGCCUGCGUUCGCGGCGAACCCGCGGCUCUACUUCAAGAUCCUCCGUCUGGCUGGCCCCGUCGUGGCCGUUGCCGUCUUCAGUUCGAGCCCCGUCGCCUGGGUAGUCGGAGCGGCGGUCGGCGUCCUUUUCAGCCUCUGAUUAUAUUUAUAAACCUAUGUAUGUAGUAUUUCACGUAAUUUGUCUUGCGUGACUGUUGCCUGUAAGAUUUCCAAACCCUGUUUCCUCGUAAGUAUCAUCUGCCAACUGACGCUAUCGUCGUUAUGAUAAUAAUCUCUUGUUAAAGUUCACAAGAAUUUCUGGUCGCAAACGAA